GAACCUACCAAGGGAACUUUGUCCGGACCCAAUAAUCGACUGGAACCAGGGACCCGUCCUUCGUUGGCCGGCCUGCGCCAAAACUCUGGUCAGCUAGCAGCUGCCUUGAUUCCAUUUUCUUCAUCUCUCACUAUGCAGAAGCUCCUUCAUUGCCCUAUAUUACGUUCAUCGAAGCCCCAUUCUCAUCCAACAUCCACCUUCACUUCAUUUUCAGAGAGCUCCCUCACCAACUUGAACGUUUCCAAUCAAGUCCUCGCCCUUAUCAACUCGUCACACCCUUUCGGCCCCUCCCUCGGGAGAUUAAUUACGUUUCUCAAUCGCGAAAUCGUGAUUUCAGUGCUUCAGUCCCAGGCCGAAUUGAAGAAAGAUCCCCGAAUUAGCUUCCGAUUCUUCAUCUGGGCUUCCGGAGAACGGCGAUUGCGGAGUGGGGCUUUGUACAAUUUGAUGGUUGACCUGUUAUUGUACGGUGGCGACGGUGAGAGUUCUUCAUUUGAUCUGUACUGGAGCGUGCUGGAUGAAUUGAGAAAUGAGAAGCUGUACAUUUCUGCGGAUGCGUUUGUAGUGUUGAUAUUGGGUUAUUGGAGGUUGAGGAAAGCAGAAAAGGCCGUGGAGACAUUCGGUAGGAUGAGGGAUUAUGGGUGCCGGCCGAAUUUAGCUGCUUACAAUGUCAUAUUGAAUGUUCUAGUCAAGCAAAACUUGAUUUUGUUGGCAUUGGCGGUUUAUAACAACAUGUUGAAGUCCAACUAUGAAAUCCAGUGCGACACUUUCAACGUUUUGAUUGAUGGCUUGUGCAAGAGCCGGAUGACUCUUGAUGCACUCAGGCUGUUUGAUGAAAUGACUGAGAGAGGAAUAUUGCCAAGUCGUAUUACUUACACGGUGGUUAUAUCAGGGUUGUGCAGGGCGAAUAGGGCGCAUGAUGCGCAUAAGCUGUUUAUCUCGAUGAAGAAUAAUGGCUUGAAACCAGAUUCUGCCACAUACAAUGCCUUGCUUGAUGGGUUCUGCAAGUGUGGACAGAUGGAUGAGGCGCUGCUUCUUUUCAAGUCAUUUCGAGAAGAUGGGUAUAGUGUUGGGAUACGGGGGUAUAGUUGUAUGAUUGAUGGUUUGAUAAGGGCUAAGAGGAUAAGUGAGGCUGAGAAAUUGUUUCAAACGGUUAUCGAUAUAGGUUUAAAACCUGAUCUCAUCUUGUAUUCCAUUAUGAUACGAGGGUUAAGUGAAUCGAGAAGAGUUAGUGAUGCCAUGAAUAUAUUCAGGGACAUGAUUGGGAAAGGUAUUGUGCCUGACACUCAAUGUUAUAAUGCGUUAAUCAAAGGAUUAUGUAACGUAGGACUAUUGGAUGAAGCUCGAUCUCUCAAAAUAGAGAUUUCCCAGCAUGAUCAGUUCCCUAACACCUGCACUUACACUAUUCUUAUUUGUGGUUUGUGCAGGAAUGGUCUGCUGGGGGAGGCCCAGCAGAUUUUCGGUGAUAUGGAAAAGCUCGGUUGUUCUCCUUCUGCAGUGACUUUUAAUUCCCUUAUUGAUGGGCUCUGCAAGGCCGGGAAGCUUGAUGAAGCCCACUUGAUGCUCUACAAAAUGGAAAUCGGAAAAAACCCGUCGUUAUUUCUUCGGCUUUCUCAAAGCACUGAUCCCGUUCUUGAUAGUUUGAGUCUGCAAAAAAUGGUCAACAACUUGGUUUCCUCCGGUUCAAUUCUUAAAGCUUACAAGCUUUUGAUGAAGCUUGCUGAUAGUGGGGUUGUCCCAAACAUCAUCACGUAUAACACGCUGAUCAAUGGCAUGUGUAGGGCUGGGCAGGUUAAUAGCGCUCUUAAGCUUUUUGAGGAGCUCCAAAUAAAGGGGCGGUUUCCUGAUUCUGUAACAUAUUCUACUCUCAUAGAGGGGCUCCAGAGGGUGGGUAGAGAGGGUGAUGCAUAUAAGCUGUUUGAACUAAUGAGUGAAAAUGGAUGUAAGCCUAGCUCGUCUGUGUAUAAAACGCUUUUGUGUUGGUCUUGCAGAAGGAAAGACACUUCUAGUGCUUUUAAUAUUUGGUUGAAGUAUCUAAGUAGUCUAGCCGGCCGGGAAGGUGAAGCAUUGAGAUCGGCUGAAGAAUAUUUUAAAAAAGGUGAUUUGGAGAAGGCUUUGAGAAGCUUACUAGUAAUGGAACACAAGUUGGCUGACUUUGAUUCAGCUCCUUACAGCAUUUGGCUUGUUGGCUUGUGUCAGGCUAACAGAAUUGAGGACGCUUUGAAGGCAUUUUCUAUUCUUGAGGAGUUUAAUGUUGCUGUUUCUGCUGCUGGGUGUGUAAAGUUGAUUGAUGCUCUUUGCUCUGCUGGAAAUCUCAACGAAGCAGUUGAUGUUUUUCUCUACACCAUGGAGAAAGGCUACCGACUGAUGCCUCGAGAAGAAGUGAAGACGACAUGGAGAGGAAUUUCAUAUCUAAAAAAGAAUUUGCGGGCAAUGGUAUGAACACUUGUGGGCUAUCAAAUUCGUGUCGAAAAAUAGAUCAAGUAUGCAGGCAUGAUUAUAACAAUUGGGUCCAUUCAUUAUUUUCUGGAGAUGAACAAGAUGAUGACUGAUGGGAACCACUGAAUACAAAGUUAGUAAUUGGCCUUCUUGUUCAGUUCACGUGCACCAUGGAUUUAGGUAAUCGAAAAGAGUGAAGAGGACAGAGGAAUUUGAUAUUGCAUUUGCGUACAAAGGUAUGAAAUGCUUGAAGAGUCACAACUGUGUGUUAGUUUUGAUGUGAAGACUUGUCACUGUUUACUGUGAUCAACAAUAGUUCGUGUGUUCCCACGCAUGGCUAUAGUUGUUUACAAAUACUUUUUGUAUCACAAAUAACCAAGAUGAUCGCAUGAAUUGGUUAUUAAUUUUCUCUUACAUGUGAGGUAGCCGAACGAGCCGAGCUUGGGCGAUCCGAGCUCGUGUUCGUUUACGUUCGAACAGUGUUCAUGUGCGUUCAUUUAUUUUUCGAGCAAAAAUUCGUGUUCGAGUUCAUUCUUUUAAUUAUUUGUAAAAUUCGAGUUCAUUCGUGGUGAAAU